UCUGUGCUCAAUUGACGGAGUUGCGACUCUCUCUCUCUCAGUCACUUCAUCGAACGCUUUGUCGGCAUCGAUACCAAUUGGGGAAAUGGGUUCAGAAGGAAGUACGAAGGCCUCCAUCGUGACGCAAGUCAGCGUCGGUGGGUUUGGCGAGUCCGUCACCGCGAGGGAUCUGACGGAAUUCCUCGAAGAGGAGAUCGGCCUUCUUUGGCGGUGCAGAUUGAAGACCUCUUGGACUCCCCCUGGAUCCUACCCUAAUUUCGAUAUAGUCGACACCUCGCGGAUCGCCAAGAUCGAUGAUUACAAGAAAGUUGCGCCUCACGCAUUUGUUCAUUUCGCAAUCCCUGAAUCGGCGGCGUAUGCAAUGAACGCUGCCGGGCGAUGCAAGCUAAUCUUGAAUGGACGGCCGUUGAAGGUCAGCUUGGGGCCUGAAAAUCCGUACAGCAUUAACCAGAGAAGACGGACCACCACGCCGUUUAAAUUGGCUGGUUGCCGUGUCGAGAUCGGGACCUUGGUUACUCGGGAUGAGUUUCUUGUUGCCUGGAAAGCUUCGGGCGUCAACUUCUUGGUCGAUCCUUUCGACAACAUGUGCAGAUUUUGUUUCACCAAAGACACCGCCUUCUCGUUCAAAGACACAGGGAUGCACGCAGUGAUAAAGUGCGACUUCAAGAUGGAGAUUUCGGUGAGAGAAAUAAACGUGGUGAGGCAGUACAAACAUUUCGAUGGCUAUGUUGUUCUCUUGCAGCUGGCUUCGUGUCCUCGGGUGUGGUACAGAACUGCUGAUGAUGACAUUUACGAGACUGUUCCUGUUGAUCUCUUAGAUGAUGACGACCCUUGGAUUCGCACCACGGAUUUCACCCCAAACGGGGCGAUUGGUCGGUGCCUAUCAUAUCGAGUACUCAUCUCUCCUCGUCAUGAAGAGAAAUUGAAGAAUGUCUUGGGUUAUCUAAGGAUGCGGAGGGUGCAAGAAGAGCGUGUGAGGUUGCCGCCUAGGAUUCGCAGAGAACCAGAUUUUAUGGUUCCUGAGCAUUUCUUCUGCAUUCAGGACAAAGAAGGGAUCUCCUUUGACAUUAUAUUUCUAGUGAAUGCUGUGAUGCACAGAGGGACUGUUAACCAAUUUCAGUUGACGAAGCAUUUCUUUGAUCUUCUGAGACAACAGCCCAAAGAAGUCAAUGUGGCUGCUCUCAAGCAUCUUUGUACCUAUAAACGACCAGUUUUUGAUGCCUGCAGGAGGUUCAAACUUGUUCAGGAAUGGGUUGUGAAGAACCCGAAGCUUUUAGAGAGUCAUAAGAAGUCCGAUGACAUCGUCGAGAUCAGAAGGCUAGCGAUUACCCCGACCAGAGCUUAUUGUCUACCCCCUGAAGUCGAGCUCUCCAACAGGGUGCUCAGGAAAUACACAGCUAUAUGUGAUCGGUUUUUACGAGUCACAUUUAUGGACGAAGGCAUGCAGACCAUGAACUCCAGUCUUCUUUCGUAUUAUGUUGCUCCCAUUGUGAAGGAUCUGAUAUCAUAUUCCGCCUCUCAGAAGACCCAUGUGUUUAAAAGGGUAAAAACCAUUUUAACUAAGGGGUUUUACCUGUGUGGCAGGAAGUAUAGUUUCCUGGCCUUCUCGUCCAAUCAAUUAAGGGACCGUUCUGCAUGGUUUUUUUCCGAAGACGGGAAAACGAGUGUGCUAGACAUAAAGAAAUGGAUGGGGAAGUUCACCAACAAGAACGUCGCAAAAUGUGCUGCUAGGAUGGGGCAGUGCUUCUCCUCUACAUAUGCUACCGUAGAUGUUAUGCCUCACGAGGUUGAUGACGAGCUUCCAGACAUCACAAGAAAUAAUUUUGUGUUCUCUGAUGGGAUUGGUAUGAUCACACCUGACCUCGCAGAUGAAGUAAUAGAUAAACUGAGACUGGAUGCAAAUUGCCCCCCAUGUGCUUUUCAGAUCCGUUAUGCAGGUUGCAAAGGAGUAGUUGCCCGUUGGCCAUCAAAGGGUGAUGGCAUAAGGUUGUCACUCCGGCCCAGUAUGAACAAAUUUCACUCCAAACACACCACCUUGGAGAUUUGUUCUUGGACUAAGUUUCAACCUGGUUUCCUAAACCGGCAGAUAAUUAUUCUCCUCUCAACACUUGGUGUUUCUGAUAACAUAUUCUGGGAUAUGCAAGAAGUCAUGAUCUCUAAGCUAAACCAGAUGCUUGAAGAUACGGAUGUGGCAUUUGAAGUUCUAACAGCGUCAUGUGCUGAGCACGGAAACACGGCAGCAAUCAUGCUAAGCGCGGGUUUCAAACCGAAAACAGAGCCCCAUUUGCGAGGAAUGUUAUCUUCAGUUAGAGCUGCACAGCUUUGGGGUCUGAGGGAAAAAACUCGGAUCUUUGUUCCUUCUGGGAGGUGGUUAAUGGGUUGCCUAGACGAAGCAGGGGUACUUGAACAAGGCCAAUGCUUUAUCCAAGUUUCAACACCAUCCAUAGAAAACUGCUUCUCCAAACAUGGGUCUCGAUUCAGUGAGACAAAAAAAAAUCUGCACAUAGUCACAGGGUAUGUAGCCAUGGCUAAGAAUCCUUGCCUUCACCCAGGAGAUGUAAGGAUUCUAGAAGCUGUUGAUGUUCCAGAGUUGCAUCACUUGUAUGAUUGCCUUGUUUUCCCUCAGAAAGGUGAAAGGCCACACACAAACGAGGCUUCCGGAAGUGACCUUGAUGGAGACCUCUACUUUGUAACGUGGGAUCUGAAUCUCAUCCCUCCAAGCAAAAAAAGCUGGAGCCCAAUGCUGUACGAUGCAACAGAAGAGAAGACUUUGACACGCGGUGUCAGCCACCAGGAUAUUAUAGAUUUCUUUGUUAGAAACAUGGUGAAUGAUCAUCUGGGUACGAUCUGCAAUGCACACGUUGUCCAUGCUGAUAGAAGUGAAUAUGGAGCCCUGGACGAAGACUGUAUCUUACUAGCAGAACUAGCAGCUACAGCAGUUGAUUUCCCGAAGACUGGGAAAAUCGUUACGAUGCCUCACCACCUGAAACCAAAACUCUACCCAGACUUCAUGGGAAAAGAAGAAUACCAAUCUUACAAAUCGACAAAAAUCUUGGGCCGGCUUUACAGGAAAAUAAAAGACGUUUAUGAUGAAGAUGCCACUGUUUCAUCGGAAAUCAACUCAGGCCCAAGGGACAUUCCUUACGACACUGACCUUGAAAUCUCAGGUUUUGCAGAUUUUGUCCCUGAGGCAUGGAAUCAUAAAUGUUCUUAUGAUGGGCAGCUCAUGGGCCUUCUCGGGCAAUACAAGGUGCAGAAAGAGGAGGAGAUUGUGACGGGUCACAUCUGGUCAAUGCCUAAAUACACAAGCAGGAAACAAGGCGAGCUGAAGGAGAGAUUGAAGCAUUCUUACACUGCGUUGAAGAAAGAAUUCAAAAAACUCUUUGAUAAAACAGACCCGGAACACGAAAAUCUCAGCGAUGAGGAGAAAAACCUUAUGUACGAGAAAAAGGCUUCAGCUUGGUACCAUGUCACAUACCACCCAGAGUGGGUGAAUAAGUCUUUAAAGCUACAGCAAGAUCCAGAUGCGUCUGGUAACACAGUGAUGCUCAGCUUUGCUUGGAUAGCUGCUGAUUACCUUGCCAGGAUCAAGAUCCGAUCCCAAGGUAAAGAAACUUUUGAUGUGGGCAAGCCUGUUAAUUCCUUGGCUAAGUAUCUUGCUGAGCGCAUCUAAUAGGUAUAUGUCACCAGUCCCGAAAAUGUCGUUAAGCCGCAUGGCCACUCUGCCAGAGAAACUUCAGUACUUGCUCUAUGGUUGGUUUGUUUUGUGGUAUGUGACUUGCCUAUGCUUUUUUGUUUCUGGUUUUGUGACUCGUGAAUGAAGUGAAGUCCUGCAUUACAAGACGCUUUGCCUAUUCUGAUUCCGUCUCUUUCCAAUGGAGUUUAGUUGAUUAAUCGCUUGCUGUUUACAAUUGAAACAGUUCAACUACUUGUCGUUUGUGGUGACACUAGUGUAGGAAGUUUAUUUGCAACUACUUGUUGGUUUAUGUUCUGGGAAGAGAAGUGCUCGGCGUUUCUUUUUGAUUCA